AUGACGAGGCCUCAGAUGAUACGAGCAGACACUCUAGACCUCCAAGACCAUGAUACCCCGUCCGCGAAAGAUCACACAAAACAACCCGAAACACCAGCUCCGCUCGGGGGCGGCCGGCCUGCCCCCCACCAGGAAUUGUCCAUUCGCCACGCGGAUGAAGAUACGAAAGCGGAAAUAAGGGGCGGUUCCAGCGCGAACGACCCUCAAACGUAUGGGGAUGGUGACGAAACGGAUGAGGACAUAGGGCCGAAUGGACGCUAUGACCAUGAAGAUAGCGACUUAGCCGAUGGUGAAAGCGACGAUCUUCUCGAUGAUGAUCUGAUGGACAAAAUCUCCAGUUCUCCCUCGAUUGAUGACGAGGACAUCGACUUCGAAUUUGUGUACGCUCUUCAUAACUUCGUCGCCACCGUCGAUGGACAGGCAAAUGCCGCAAAGGGUGAUACCAUGGUACUGUUGGAUGAUAGCAACAGCUACUGGUGGUUGGUUCGUGUGGUCAAAGACGGCAGCAUCGGUUACCUCCCUGCUGAGCACAUCGAAACGCCCACCGAACGACUUGCUCGACUCAACAAACACCGGAAUGUGGAUCUUUCCGCCACUAUGCUUGGUGACAACAACGAGAAAUCCAAGAAUCCUCUGAAGAAGGCCAUGCGCCGCCGGAACGCAAAGACCGUUAACUUUGCCGCCCCGACGUACAUCGAGGCGUCGGACGUUGAGUACUCAACAGACGAUGACUCCGAACACGGUGACUUUUUCAACGAUGACGAGACCGUGGAAUCGGAGGAAGGCGAUGCUCAGGAGCAGACAGAAGACAUCGUCGUGGAACCUCUUCGACCCAAGGGUCAAAGGAGAAGCCUGCAGAGCAGGCAGAGGAUGAGGGUUGGCAAGUCAAGGCAGAACCUACAUCCGAGCCACGCCGUUCGAGCGAGGAAUUUUUCGAUCCGGAAGCUUCAAGAUAUUGACGUAAGAACAGAACCUACAGUCAGUAGAUCCAGAAAUGGCACUGUGCGGAACACGGAUUCUUUCUUCAAAGAUGAUACUGCCGAACCAAAGAAGAUUUCACUUACACCUAGGUUGCUGAGCGACGAAUCCAAUAGCAACGGCAGCAACAAUGUUCUUGCUGAAUGGAAAGAGCCUCGUGGAAGCCUGGAAAGUCUCGAGAGCAAAAAUUCCUCAGGAGAUAAGCCCAAGGACGAAAAGAAACGUAAAGACAAGAAACCGGGUAUGCUCAGCGGAUUGUUCAAACGGAAGGAUAAAAAGGGCAAGUCCAUCGAUGAUUAUGACGAGGCCGAAAGGUCUCCGUUAGAUUCAUCUUCUCGAGCUUCGCCGCAACCGAAGACUUCCUCAGAGUCCUUGUCACCAGAGCAACGGCUUGCAAAGCCGCAGAGACAGACUAGCAACAAGCUGCAGAAGCAGCCACCGGCCACGAUGUCCCCCACGAAGGCUGAAGGCCACUCUGCGAUGGAGGCGACUGAAGAACUGAACCAGCCCAGCCAGUCCAUCCGACGCGUGGCGUCGCAAGAAUCUGGCAAUGCGGAGGAGACCCGAGGAAUGGUCACCUCGCCGGUCAGCCAGCCAAGCCCUUCGAAGGAAUCAUUCGCAACUGCUACCGAAUCCCGAGAGAAGCUGGCAUCUCCGGUCAAUCUGCAGUCCAGUGAAUCUCAAUGGAGAGGGCCGUACGAGUCCAAGUCCAAGGUGCAGCCAUCUGUGGUAUCCCCGCCCCAAAAGCUGAUGCCCAGAGUGGUCACCGACUACGACCGAGCAAUGGGGGUGGAAUCCCCUGUUGAUGUCUCUCCUGUCGGAGAGCAUAUUCCUAUUGCCGCACCGGGACUUACGGCAGAUGCCGGGCCACGGGCGCAUUCUGCAUCACCUUCAUCUCCCCCGUCGUCUCCUGAAGCCUACGUCCACGACCUGAAGGGCAGCGAGACUACCCCAGGCUCAGUGGACACCCUCUCAGUGGACACACCCACUUGGAGUGACGCCAGCUUACGAACCUACCUGGACGAUGAAAACGACAUUCGCGACCUAUUCAUUAUUGUCCAUGACAAAUCCAAUAUUCCCCCGGCCGGUUCUGACCACCCGGUCACCGGUCGUCUUUUCAAAGAAGAGAGCAAGCGCCUCAAAGAGAUGAACAAUCAGCUCGAUGAGAUGCUUGUGAACUGGAUGUCCCAACGCGGGAGACAGCCCAGGACUGCUUGA